AUGCAGCUUUCUAUCGCGUGUGCGGUUGGCCUUUUGGCUGUCGCGUUUCCUUUUGUCCAGGCAUCCACCGUCAGCAGAUCUGAGAUGCUUCGUACAGUGGUGACAACAGAUAUGGAGCAGGAUGACCUGGCAUCCCUUGUCCGGUACCUUCUCUAUACCAACGAGCUCGAUACCCAGGGCAUCAUCUACACGUCCAGUCGCUACCACUGGGCCGGUGACGGCAAUGGCACAAAGUUUUUCAUGCCAGACCGCGAAUAUGACACACCACAAUGGACCUGGCGCUGGACUGGCACACAAUUCAUUCAGGAUAAAGUGUUGAAGGCGUAUGCCGAGGUUUACCCGAAUCUCCACUGCCAUGACCCGUUUUAUCCCACCCCAGAAGAUCUUUUGUCAAAAGUCAAAAUUGGCAAUAUUGAGUUUGAAGGUGAGAUGGAUCAUGAAACGGAUGGGAGCAAUCUUAUUCAAUCGCUGCUACUGGAUCAAGAUUCACGGCCGCUCUAUUUACAAGCGUGGGGUGGCUUCAACACUAUUGCCCGUGCUCUGAAAUCCAUCGAAGAGAAGUACUCGGUCACGCAGGAAUGGAAGCGAAUUCAACAGAAAGUCUCCAAAAAGGCAGUGAUCAUGGCUAGCGGCUUUCAAGACAAGGCUUACGACGAUUAUGUGGCUGUAAAGUGGCCACGGGUGCGGGUGGAGAACCUGGAGGCCGGCUACAAGACCUGGGGGUACAACUGCAACAAGGGCAAUGGCAAUGUUCGGGGUCUGCCAGAGCAGCAUGAGUAUUUCACCGGCGCCUGGACCAAAAAGAAUAUCCAGACAGGAUCAUACGGGAACCUUUACCGGUCCUGGCUUGACGGCCAGUCCAUGCCAGGCGACCAAAAUGACAUUUUUGGCAAUCCCGCGAAAGCGAAUUCCUCAACCGCAUUCUGCAAGCCACUCGAACAAUACGCUUUCUUGUCGGAGGGUGACAAUGUGGUGUUCAACCCGCUCUUGACAACCGGAAUCCAGGACCCAACAAACCCUAGCCUCGGUGGGUGGGGCGGCAGGUCCACGAGAAAUAGCACCUCACAGGAUCUCUGGACACUGAUUGAUAGCGAGAUGAGCAAGAACGGCUCAGAUGUUGACAACUACUCAACAGAUCGCUGGAUGGCAGCCGUUCAAAAUGACUUUGCUGCUCGUAUGCAGUGGACUCUCACGGCGGACUACGCAGAGGGUAACCAUGCGCCUUCUGUAGAGAUUCUCAAUGGAACUGUACAGGCACAGCCCGGGUCAACCGUGACUUUGGCCGCUGCAGUCAGUGAUCCCGAUUCCGACAAGGUCACCACCUCUUGGUGGCAGUUCUUUGAAGAAGGCACAUAUCCUGGCAGUGUGACCGUGAGCGAGGAAAGUGGCCACCGCGCAACUGUGGAGAUUCCUGCAGACGCAAAGUCCGGACAAACUCUGUCGAUUAUCUUGGAAGGCACGGACGAUGGCGAUGUGCCAUUGACUCGUUACAGUCGCGUAUUCAUAACCAUCGUAUGA